UACAUCACGGAUGGUGACUAACACUAACUCCAGAGAGCUCCAAAGUUUAGAUUUUACUGAAGUAAAGUGCAACUUGGAGAAUUGUCCCACAUGCCGAAUUUACAACAACAUCGCAGUGAUUCGUUAAAAAGUCUUGAAUUAACAGUUACCCUGAAAGGUGUGCGCCUUUACUGAUAAACGGUUCAAACUGCCAGAAUAGUGAAUGAAGUUUGGGGAUAAGGCUUCUCCCCUCAUAAGGGAAAACAGCACGUCUCUAGACCACCGUGACUAGCGCUAACGUCAGCUAACUUUGGAGAAAGUGCUCACCGGUUCGGCGGUCGCCAUCUUACAAAUCUGUGUUUGGAGAGCUGGUGCUCAUUGGACCGAGCUGUUCAACGUGACGGCCCCGCUGUGCACAUGCGCAGGGAGGCGGCUGGUGGCUGCUCCUCCACGACUCCACCCCUCCUAGAGACGAAGGCAUGGCGAGUACCGAGGCAAGGGAGUGUGAAACAGAAGGCUGCAGCAAGGAAGCCAAACUUCAAUGUCCCACUUGUAUCAAGCUUGGUAUCCAGGGCUCCUACUUCUGCUCGCAGGAAUGUUUCAAAGGGAGCUGGGGGUCUCACAAGUUGCUGCACAAAAAAGCAAAGGAGGACAGGAGCCAGAAUGAACCUAAGAACUGUGUGGAAAAAGACAUCAACACAGAUCCAUGGCCGGGCUAUCGCUACACAGGAAAACUGCGCCCUCACUACCCGCUGACGCCAAUGAGGCCUGUGCCUGGUGACAUCCAAAGACCUGACUACGCCGAUCAUCCCCGAGGGAUGUCUGAGUCAGAGCAGUCACUGAAGGGGACGUCACAGAUCAAGAUCCUCUCUCCUGAGGACAUUGAGGGCAUGAGAGUGGUGUGCAAGCUGGCUCGAGAAGUCCUGGACAUUGCAGCUAUGAUGGUGAAACCUGGUGUUACCACCGAAGAAAUCGACCAUACUGUGCAUCUGGCUUGCACAGCAAGGAACUGCUACCCUUCCCCUCUCAACUACUACAAUUUCCCCAAAUCCUGCUGCACGUCUGUCAACGAAGUCAUCUGCCAUGGCAUUCCAGACAGAAGACCGCUGCAGGAAGGAGAUAUCCUCAACGUGGACAUCACCGUCUAUCACAACGGUUUCCAUGGCGACCUCAACGAAACCUUCUUUGUGGGAGACGUGGACGAAGGAGGCAAGAAGCUGGUCCAGACCACAUAUGAAUGCCUUAUGCAAGCCAUCGACUCUGUGAAGCCUGGCAUACGCUACAGAGAACUGGGCAACAUCAUCCAGAAGCACGCCCAGGCCAAUGGCUUCUCUGUAGUGCGGAGCUACUGUGGCCACGGCAUCCACAGACUUUUCCACACUGCUCCAAACGUGCCACACUAUGCCAAAAACAAAGCAGUUGGAGUUAUGAAACCUGGCCAUGUGUUCACCAUUGAGCCCAUGAUAUGUGAAGGUGGCUGGCAGGAUGAGACGUGGCCCGACGGCUGGACGGCGGUGACCCGGGAUGGAAAGCGCUCGGCUCAGUUCGAACACACUCUGCUGGUGACGGAGACGGGCUGUGAGAUCCUCACCCGCCGCCUGGAGGACAACGGACGCGCCCAUUUCAUCAGCCAAAUGUAGGCAGGGCCGGGACACUCCAAGGACUGGACUCAUCUCACACUGAUACCCGCCAACCUUUGGAUCUCUUACACAGCACACACACGCACACGCACGCACACACACAUACACAUACACAUACACACACACACCUCAAACAAGAGGCACCUGUGGCUCUCAUUGUUCUUUGAAUUAAAUAUUGGUUCCUCAAAUGUAAUGGAAGUACUUGAAUGUGUCUUAUAUCAACUGUAGAUUGUUUAAUCAGUGAAAACUAUUUUCUGAAGGAAAGCGAAAGUAUUUAUGAAACUGGGUUUGACUCAGUCCCAGAGGUUUGACCUAAGGCCUGAUCCGGUUUGACUGUUGAAAUGUUGGACUGGACAUCAGACCUGCUUUGACCUCUGACUCCUGGGGCUGUGUCAGCCAGAUCGCUUAAUGGCUGACUGCUUGUGGAGAGUGGAGCUCAGGGCUAAUUCGACUAGCACAUCUUGUGUGCUAGUUUAAUCAGACUCAUAUGAGUUGACCAGAGAUGAAUUGAAGAGAACCAGCUGUACUACAGAACAUGGGCGGUGGGGGAUGGGGAGGUUCCAGGAAACGGGGUCAACAAGUUGCGCAACCACAACAGCUGACAUUCAUUUUCUUAAAAUAAAAUAAUAAUAAUAAUAAAAAAAAAAAAAAAAAACUACAAGUACACAAGAACUGCACUCCCAGUCAUCUUGAGUCAUUUGGCAGCAGAAAAAGCAGCAGUAGUGGCCAGUAAUUGCAUGAUGCAAUAACAUAAGCAUCAGCUGGCUUGCUAAAUUAGCCUUGUGGCUAGCUGAUAAAGCGAAAAGACAAGUUUGUUGAGGUUAACACUUCUCCAGCUACAACUCUGUUUUGGCGUAGAGACCAGGGUUUAAAGACCACACAGUGUACUCUGUCACAGUAGCCUACAUGUGGGAGCAAAUCUACUUCAUGGAUCUACACCCACACAACUUAAAUGGUUUUCCACUUGUCUGUAUUCUUACCUGGACAUUUAUUUGGCACAGAACCAGUUCUCCAAGAUGGCAUCAGCCAUUGUUGCUAGGAGAUUUGCAAAGCCUCUGUAGAUAUCCAGAAUAGAAGUACUGACAUUAAGCCCACAGUCAUUGAAAUGCUGAACUUGUUAAUCCUGCUUUGAGGGAAUCCUUUUUGGUGUCUCAUAUUUCAAAUAGCCCUGGUGUAGCGUAUUGAGCCUUAAUGUGUGAACUUAGGAUUUAAGCUUUGCCAGAUAUCUCAAGGCAUGUAACUGAUGUUUUCUCAGUCCAGUCAGUCACUAUUUACUCUGAUAUGGGAAUUUUCUGGUGUGAACAUUCAAUAUUUCUACAUUUUCAGAGGACUAAUGUGAUCGGUUUCUCUGCCAUCUUUUUAUUUCUUCUUAUGGAGUAAUAAAUGGCUAUUCUGUA